UAUGGGCAUUUUGAGUGGGUGGUCAUGCCUUUUGGCCUCACUAACGCCCCGACGACCUUCCAAGCGGCAAUGACCAACGAGUUUCGUGCGAUGUUGGACCGGUUCGUGCUGGUCUACUUAGACGACAUUCUUGUCUAUAGCCGGUCAUUGGAGGAUCAUCUUGAGCAUCUUCGACGAGUGUUGGAGAGGCUCCCCCGCGCCAAGUACAAGGUCAGCCGCUACAAGUGCGAAUUUGUCCGGCAAGAGUUGGAAUACUUGGGCCAUUUUGUCACACCGGAAGGCAUCAGUCCGCUAUCGGACAAGAUUCAAGCCAUCCAAGAGUGGUCGGAGCCGCGGAACAUCACGGAUGUCCGUUCGUUCCUUGGCCUUGCCGGCUACUACCAACGUUUUAUCAAGGGAUACUCGAAGAUCGUGGCCCACUUGACCAAGCUUCAAUGCGAGGAUCGACCGUUUGACUUCGGGGAGGAUGCGCGAGAAUCAUUUUUUGCUCUCAAAGCCGCGCUAUUAUCUGCGGAGGUCUUGCGCAUAUACGAUCCACUAUUGCCAACGCACGUCACUACGGAUGCGUCCGGCUAUGGCAUUGGUGCCGUCCUCGAGCAACACGAUGGCGUGGACUGGCACCCGGUCGAGUACUUCAGAAAGAAAGUCCCCGUCGUGCAUUCCAUUGAUGAUGCACGCAAGAAGGAGCUCCUCGCCUUCGUUCACGCGCUCAAGAGGUGGCAGCACUUCCUCCUUGGUCGAAGCCAAUUGACCAUCGCUCGAUGGAUGGCUUUCAUCGACCAGUUCGACUUCUUUCCCGAUCACAUUCCGGGGAAGUCGAACUGUUUUGCGGAUCCUCUUUCACGGCGUCCGGAUCAUUGUACCGCGGUCUAUUCAAGCUUCGAGAUCGACAACGACCUGCGAGACAGCUUCAUCCGCGGCUACCAAGCCGACCCCGAGUUUCACGACAAGUACGCGAAUUGCUCCUCUCCUAAUCCGGCGCCUUCUCACUACCGGAUCCAAGAGGGGUACUUUCUUGUCCACACACGGGGGAAGGACGUUCUUUGCGUACCGAGUGACUCUCACUUGCGUACACGGCUUCUUGGCAAGUUCCACGAUGCUCCCGCCACCGGACACUUCGGAGUCAAUCGCACGAUUGGCCGACUUCGCGAGCGAUUUUGGUGGCCCGGCCUUCUCAACGACGUCACACGCUAUUGCGAGUCAUGCGAGGUUUGUCGACACUGCAAAUCCCGCAACCAUCAUCCGUACGGCGAGUUCCGACCGCUACCGGUCCGCUUGCGCCGAAGGGGAGCGAUUGUCAUGGACAUUAACGGGCCGUUACCCAAGCACAAGACCGGUGUGGAUGAGAUUCUCAUGGUGGUCGACCGACUCACCAAGUUUGCCAUGUUUUUGCCUUGCCGCUAUCAUGCCAAGGCACCGGAGUUGGCCGAGGUUCUUUACGCCGGUUGGAUUCGAACCAAGGGUUACCCCAAGGAAAUCGUCUGCGACCGCGACACUCGGUUCAUGUCCGAUUUUUGGUUGGCGCUCAUCAAACGAUGGGGCUCAUCUCUCAAGCCAAGUUCGGCUCGCCACCCCCAAACCGAUGGCCAAACGGAGAGGGCGCAUCAUACCGCACAGGUUCUCCUUCGCACUCUCAUCCGCCCCGACCAAAAGGAUUGGGUUGAGCGGCUGCCGGAUGUCGAGUUGGCCUACAACUCGUCCAUCCACCAGGCUAUCGGGAUGUUGUCCUUCGAGUUCUAGCACGGCUCGGCGGUCACUUCGCCGUUGGAUACAAUCAUUCCACGAACGA